AUGGAAGCAUUAGAGAUGUCGAAAAUGUUGAAGAUUAGCUGGAGAGAAAGGAAAUCGAACAUAGAAGUGUUAACUAUGAUAGAAGAACCAAGACAAAUUAUCAAAAUGAUGAAAAUAAGAAAAGCUAAGUUUUUCAAACACAUUAUGAGACAUAACACUUUAAUUACAAAUAUUAUGGAAGGGAAGAUAAAUAGGAAAAGAGGAAGAGGACGGCCGAGAGAAACAAAUUUUGGAAAUAUGAAGAAGUUAUUAUCGCUAGAGGAUUGGUUGAAACGACAAGGCGAUAUUGCCUUUAGAUAA